GGUUUGGUAGUGAAUGAUUUUGGGGGUUGCACUUCGCUUGCGUCCCUUACUCCUCAUCCUCCCUAGCUACCCCUCUACUCUACUCGGGUGAAAGAGCUUGAGGCACGAGAACACUCACACCCUCUCACGCACGGACAUUUUCAGAGUUGAUGACUGACAUUUACAACGACCUAAAAGACCGAUGCACAUUACCACCGCAAUUAACACUGGAAUUCUCGGAGGCAGCGGGUGCUAGUGCGUGUGGAAUAAUUCCGUUUCUCUAAAAAAUGAACGGAUAAGUUUUCAAUUUAUAACCAGAGCUCGUGUGGCGUCGUUAAAAGCUACACCUCGAAAUAUAUUUGUGUUUUGAAAAGACAACUCCUGGAAAUAUUAAUAAGGAAAGUCGAGAGAAGAUUUUUUUUUAAACAUCAAAUAAGUGUGACUGCGUGAGAGACAGAGCAUCACAUCCAACAAGACAUUUUCAUCACAAAAGGAGGGCAGUAGCGCGCAGCGCGGGACGUCUGUGUUGAUGAUGAUGAUGUGAUGCGAAGAAUGAAAGACAUGUCCUAGAUCUGCUCUCCCUGCAAUAUGUCCUAAGUUGGUCUGUGACUGAAGCCUCCUGCCUCAGUACAUUGCGUCUAUUUUGGGAUGUAUUUCAUUAUUUGCAUUAGUGUACCUGAUUAAGAAACACAGAUAGAGGAAAAGCCAAUCCGGACAGUGUCGCCCUGUCACCGUGCGUAUAAUGGAGACUCGUUUUUUUAUGUCCGUGUGGUGAAAUAAUAGCCGACCUAUGUAGCGGUUCAUUCUAUUGGCGAUCUAUUCUUUUUUAAACGAAUGAUUGUGUCAGGGUUCUUAGUUCGUUCUGUCAAUAACGCAUAUCGGUAAUAACUCAUGCCAUGUCCCAUUACCCGAUAGCCCCUCUGGUCUAGAGGUAGCUUUUAUACUGCUUCAUAGGCAUACUUCCUUAAUACUGCUAUAUGAGUGAUGGCAAUGCCAGUAGUAGAAUCUGACAGUAGCAGUGGUGUAGCACAUCUACGGAACAGUAGCAGUAACAGCACCAGCGUUCGCGACAAAACCUCCAGGGCACCGGAGCGCAAUGGUUAUGUGAAAACAAGUUUCAUCCAGCCACUGCCCGACAGUCGAGAUCGAGAUGGUGAUUGCUCAUAUGGGUCGUGCAUGGUGAGGCUCGUAUUCAAGAUAUGGAGUUCCCAAAGACUCCGGCGUGUAGUAUGUGUGGGCUCACUGUCUGUUUUUCUCGCUCUGGUGGUUAAAUUAGCCGACUGGAGGACUGAGCUCAGUAGCAGUGGUAACAGUAACAGCAGGCUGCACUCCAGCUCUCCUGUUCAUUUCGUGUCAGGCUACGCAGGGGAGUUGUUGCUAACUCUCUGGCAUCUGAUCUCGCCUGUAUUUACCCUCGUAUGUGCCUUCUUUUGGGUGGGUUUAUAUUUGAUCCGCUGCGGAGUGCUUAUCCAAACCGCCCUUUUCCUCCUCACUCUUUGCCACCUGGGAGAGACAGCGGCGUGGGCUCUCGUGCACGGCGGGACUUGGACGGAUGAACAACAGCCGUUUUCCUUCAGCACGUCAGCGGCCGCGGUCGUGCUCGCCUGCCUGGCAACCGGCACACUCAUGGUAGCGCGGCUCAAGCACGGCAUCUCGGUCAUAGUGUUCGUAAGCGUCGUUCGGACUAUCUCGCUCAUCUCGCUGCACAAAGUCCGGGCCACUUGGAGACCUUACGUGGCGUACCUGGUGGGAGUGUUGGGCAUCCUACUGGCGAGGUAUGCUGAUAGUCUACUUCCGAACCAAGGGAUACCCAGGGAGGGCUGUACCCCCUCUGUGACUGGGGCGAGGGAAGGGGACGAGACCCCUGUGUUUAAAAGGCGAAGGAGGUCCAGUUCUGUGAUCUCCACAGACAUGGCACACAGUCAGUCCAACAGCAAGUCACACAGGAGGACCUCGCUGCCAUGCAUUCAGAGGGACCAGAUGCCAGAAUGGGACAACAAGAGAAGCUCAAGAGGAUCUCAGUUGUUGGGCACCAGUGUGGUGGUGGAUAUAGCUGUGAUGGGCGAGGCCCACGGUCUGAUCUCAGACCUGCUGGCGGACCCCUCACUGCCCCCCAACACCUUCACCUCCCUCCGUGCCGUCAGCAGCCUGCUCACCACUCAGCUCAACUUCCAGCCCCUGCACCGUCCGCGCCUCGCUCCCCUGGGCGUCAAUCUGGGAGACGCCUACAUCUGCUCCGACUCAGAGGAGGGAUCUGAGAAGAUAGGGGAGAGGACCAAUACCUUACCUAAGCGUCUGCGGCGUAGCCUGCACCCGGGGCUGUUGAGGAGGACCUCUUCUACAUGGACCACCACCACCUCAGCUACGGGCCUGCCCACCAUCGAACCCGGACCAGUACGCAGGGCCAGCAUCAGCAUCAAACCCUUCCACGAACCGCUCGUCUGCAGCUGUGGGAGACCGUACAUAAAGCUGAGCCAUGGGGAGGGAUCCAUGGACAAAGGGGACAGGAUACACCGGACAGAGGAUCAGGUGGUGGCAUCGUCAGACUACGACAGUACCCACGAGGCCAACCACAGCGACAGCAGCGACGUAGCGCCGACAGAGGAGGGGGACGCAGAAGGGGGCAAAAACACCCCCCAAAACCUCAUCAUGCUACCUGCAGAGGAAAAGCCCCAGCUGGCCCCAGAGCCGUUAGUGAUGGAGGACUUGGAGCCCCUAAUGAGCCACCUCAACCAAUGGAACUUCCCCAUCUUCAGCUUGAUGGAGAAGACCCAGGGCAAAUGUGGCCGCAUCCUCAGCCAGGUCUCUCACAGGCUUUUUGAAGACACAGGACUUUUUGAGACCUUCAAGAUCCCGGUUCACGAAUUCAUGAACUACUUCCAUGCUUUGGAGAAUGGCUACAGAGAUAUACCAUAUCACAACAGAAUCCACGCUACAGACGUUCUCCAUGCUGUCUGGUACCUCACUACCCAGGCCGUACCAGGUCUGCCCAGCCUCAUCACUGACCAUUGCUCUGCCAGCGACUCAGACUCUGACAGUGGCAUCACGCACAGUCACAUGGGCUACCUGGUGUCGAAGACCUACAGCGUGUCGGAGGAUGGGUAUGGUUGCCUGUCGGGGCUCAUCCCAGCCCUGGAGCUCAUGGCUCUCUACGUAGCAGCAGCCAUGCAUGACUACGACCACCCUGGCAGGACUAACGCCUUCCUGGUGGCCACAAGUGCACCACAGGCAGUGUUGUAUAACGACAGGUCGGUGCUCGAGAACCACCACGCCGCCUCUGCCUGGAAUCUGUUCAUGUCCCGUCCGGAGUAUAACUUCCUCGUCAACCUGGACCACGUGGAGUUCAAACGCUUUCGCUUCCUGGUCAUAGAGGCCAUUCUUGCCACUGACCUCAAGAAACACUUUGACUUCCUGGCAGAGUUCAAUGCGAAGGUAGGUGAUGACGUGACGAGGGGUAUUGAUUGGUCCAAUGAGAAUGACAGACUGCUGGUGUGUCAGAUGUGCAUCAAGCUAGCUGACAUCAACGGCCCACUGAAACACAAGGACCUGCACCUACAGUGGACCAAGGGCAUCGUCGAUGAGUUCUAUGAACAGGGUGACGAGGAGUCCAGCCAAGGCCUUCCCAUCAGCCCCUUCAUGGACCGCUCUGCUCCUCAGCUCGCUAAGCUCCAGGAGUCCUUCAUCACCCACAUCGUAGGACCGCUCUGUAACUCAUAUGACUCUGCAGCACUCAUGCCCGGACGUUGGGUGGAGCCUAACCCCGAGGAGGAGGAGGAGCACGAGGAAGAUGAAGAGGAGGAUACGACAGAGGAUGAAGAUGGGUCUACUAGCUCAGAGGCAUCGCAGAAAGGCAAAGCAGCUCCCAAGAAGAGGAGGAAAGUGUUCUGUCAGAUCACCCAGCACCUGAUGGACAACCACGAGAUGUGGAAGAAGGUGAUCGCAGAGGAAACCCCCAAGCAAAACAAUGUAGCUGAGCCAAUCCUAUCCAUCCACGAGGAGGAGGAGGAGCCAGGGAGCAGGGAGGAUGUAGUGGAGGGGGAGGAGCCAGAAGAGGAAGGGGAGGUGCCAGAGGAGGAAAUAGACGAGGAGUGGCCAGCGCCCCCGCAGGACGAGUCUGAACCUGCAGAAGAGGCUGGGCCAGAGUGAGGGCCCCAAAGGCUCAUGGCGAGUGCUAUUCGGGAUCCUUGGGAUAUUGCUACCCUAAACCCUAACCCCUACCCUAAACUUAACCAUAACCCUUACCUAAUCUUAACCCCUUACCUAAACUAUUUUAAAUGUAAACUUAAAUGGGGUAGGGAUGUCCCAAGGAACCCAGAUAGCAAGGACCAAAGGUUCUUCGGAAUGAAAUAAAGCAGCCGCUAUCCCGAGGCAGAACAUGAAAAUAUCUUUUUCUAUCCUAUUGACAAACAGGCUGACUGAUUUUUUUUUUUUGCCAGCACAUUCACUUAGACACAACACUGUAGAAGUUUGGGACAUUGUGCCUAAUGAAAAUGUAACACAGGGUGGGAGAUAUUUACUUGUGUUUUACACAUUUUAUAUAUAAAAACACAGAAUACAAGUCAGGUUCAGAAACAUCGGUCAAUCAUCCUCUUGAGUAACUUUCCAUUAUUACAAUAACCUACAGGAUCAUCUACUGGGUGUAACAAACUGGUGUAAUAGUUCACGAAAUACACAGACUCUUUUUGCUACCAUCAAGAGUGGAUUGAGACUUGGUCGUGAAGACCUCAAACCCAUUGUGUAAACAACGGACUGCAGAGACUGCCGCCAAUUUAUAUAUAAGAAAUAUUUUCUAAAAUGCAAUUAUACUUAAACAUCACA